AUGUCCACUCAACGAGAAUACGACUUGGUUUUGCUAGGCGCUACUGGCUACACGGGUAAACUCACUGCACAGUACAUCUUCAAAUCGCUACCGGUUGACUUGAAAUGGGCAAUUGCUGGGAGAAACGAGCAAAAGCUGCAACAGCUUGUCCAGUCCUUGGAACCAAAAAGCACAUCUAGACAACCACCUGAUACUAUGGUCGUGAACCUGAAUGAGAAUGAUCUUGAUUCCAUGUCAAAGAGGACACGAUUGGUGAUAUCGACUGUGGGCCCAUUUCAGCUUUAUGGAUCUGAUACAUUUGCUGCCUGUGCCAGAAAUGGUACUCAUUACCUAGACUGCAACGGCGAAGCUCCCUGGCUGAAAGACAUGAUUCACCAGCACGAUAAAGUGGCAAAGGAAAACGGCAGCAUUAUGAUUCCAUGCUGUGGCUUUGAUUGUGUACCUUCCGACCUUUCGACUUGGGUUGCCACCCAGGAAGUCCACCGCCUUUUCGGCACGCAGACUAGGCGUGUAGAUGUUUGUAUACACAGUGUCCAGGGCGGAAUAAGUGGUGGGACAUUAGCCUCGGCUUUGCAAACGUUUGAGACACACAGUCUUCGCCAUCUGUAUGAGACCUACGCUCCUUACUCUCUAUCCCCGAAACGACCCACCCCUACAGUGCCACCAAAACGAACCAGUUUAUGGACCAAGAUUCUUGGGUUGCUCUGGAUCAAACAACUAGGGUGGAUGGCGUACCAGCCACAGGGGCCAGUUGACCGAUCGAUUGUCCAUCGAUCCUGGGGUUUGCUAGAACCAACGGCCGCUUCAUACGGGCAUAAUUUCGAUUUUCAUGCUUGGCUGAAGAUCUGGGGGCCUGUGGCUGCAGUUUUGUGGCACUUUGGAGGACUACUGUUAGCACCGCUGAUCUUACUACCUCCUGUCCGAAAGCUUCUUCCAAAACUUUGGUAUCAGCCCGGGGAGGGCGCAGGCCAGAGCAAAAUCGAGAAGAACUGGUUCGAGUAUCGAGGUGUUGCAGAGGCAGAUACCUCGAAAACGCAGCCGAGGCCCAAGGUGUUGGUUCGUAUGCGUUAUGAGGGGGAUGCUUAUGUAUUUACAGCAAUUGCUCUGGCAGAGGCAGCUCGCAUUCUCCUUUGGCAGCAAGAUACCUGGGCGCACAAAUUUGGUGGUGGAGUGUUGACGCCUGCUACCUUGGGUGACAACUAUGUAUCUCAGCUACGAGCUUCUGGUGUGGCCAUAGAUGCUCGAGAGGAGCCGGCAGGUAAGGGUGUAGACCCUUUUGGAAGCAAGUGA